AUGGUCACUCCCUCUGAUUUCACUGGGGAUUCCAUUCAUGAAGCAUCUGCUAAAGCAAUGGAAGUGGAACACUCCAAAGAGAUCAUUGUAUUCCAGAGGACUAAGAAGAGGAGACAACAGCAAAUACUUAGAAAUAAAGCUGCUGCUGCUAAUGCAAUCCAAAGAGAAACUACAAGGAGGCAACAAACUGUUGAACAUUAUACCCUUCGCAGUUCUCCAACCAUUGCUACCACUUCUGAAACUACAACAACUACUCUACCUUCUCCUUCAAUAAGGACUACUUUAGUUUCAUCUGAAGUUGAAAGACUAUUAGAAGCAUCCUCAAAAAAGGAAAAGAAGACAGACACUAAAGUGCCUCUAAGUGUAGAGCUCAUUCAGGCAAUACUCCCACUUCCUGAUUCUACACUUUUUUUUAGGCAAAACAUUCCUAUAUCUUUAUCCUUUGGCUUAACUCCAUACAUUCCUCUUCUAACAUUUAACUCAGCCAAAUUUAUUCUCCUUACAAUCCUUGCUACGCCUUCCCCUCCUGAGGAAAUCCCAGUUAUUACUUCAUCUCAAGUGAUAGCUGAUUCUCUCAGAGAAGAUACUGGUAGCUCACCAAUUCUUUGUCCACCAUCACUAUCCAACUUCAGCCCUUCUUGUCUUGACCUACUAGUUUCCAGGACAAUGGAAACUGCUAGGGACAUUUCAUCUUCCUCUCCUAUCCCUAUGCAGCCAUCUCUUCCUUCCACUAGAGCCCUUUCUGCACCACCAAUGUCAAUGGAAGAGAUGGACAUUUUCGAAGCUAGACUGGCUAGCCUUUUUGACAUGCCUUCUACCACUCCAACAGCCAGUAAUGAAACUAAGCCACUGUGCUGCAAGGUCAUUGAGCAAUCCAACAUAGCUAUUUCAAGUCACUUGUCUCAGGCAGCAGCUACCAUUGACUUUUAUGUCAACAUUUGCCAUGUUGCCAAAGCUGCAGAGGAGAAAUUGUUGAAAGACCAAGAAUUCGUUUCCCAUAUACAUGCUGAGGUGUCUGAAUUGAAAGAAUAG